AUGAAAGACCACCAUUUUUUUGCAGGAUCUGAAGACGAUACUGUCGAAACUGAACGACCUUUUCAUUCGGAGAAUGAAAGAAAUUUGAGGUAUUUUAGCUUUUGUAUUUCCUUUGGCCAAGUAAAAAAACUAACACAUAUCAUCUUAUUGCCACUUUUGGGUAUUUUCAGUAAUUGUCCUUUGCGGAAAAUGUUGCGAGAAUUUCCAGGACGACGAUCAUCGUCUCUAACCGAUCUUCGAAAGAUUGAAAUAAACAGGAACCUCAACCUAAAUGUUAGUAAAAGCCAGGAAAGUAUCUCCAUAUCAAAAAGUGAUAUCUCUUAUGGUGACUCCCAACGUGAAGUUACCCAGCUGUCAAUGAAUAACUCCAAUUCCCACCUGCCAGAUGUUUGGGAAAACUACGAGCGAAGGCAAAUGGUAAGUGUUAAGAUCAGUAAAUAAAAGCUAAACCUAAAAAACUGAGACUAUUCUAACAUGUUUGAGAGCUGACGAAGUCCGCUCAGCAAGUCCAAACACAACGCACAUAGUCGCCCGUUUUCGGUCACGUCAGUCAAGGGCCCGUAAGGAGGAUCCCAAAAUGUUCCAGUUGUACAACAUCCGCCCCUAACACGAUUUAAUUAGUCGUUGUGGCUUUUUAACUUUACUGGCUGGGUUUGCGAAUUUUUCUCUGUCGGUCUCUCUUGCUAAUUUCAUUGGAAUUGGCGCUGCCUUCUCGGAUUCAGGUGCCAAUGGACUCGAGAGAGUGUCACGAGGCUGGUACUUUUGAGAGGGGCCCUUGUGCUUGGCGUCCUGAGAGGAUCAUUUGGAACAGGGAUGAUCUGUCUUCUAUUUCUCCUGUAAGCAAGUCCACAUUCAUCUUCCAGCAGGUACUAUCUUAGCAACAAUUCAGAUUUGCGCCAUUUCCUUUCACCAUUUGGACGAAACCGUCCUGUCCCCAACUUCGAGUGAAGGCAAAUCUCUACACUGUUUGUCGUAAUUAGACUUGGCAUUACGCUGUUACUGAUGAAACGGCUUCAGAACGUGAUCAUGGCCUACCGGCUGAGAUAACAAGAGACGUCGAUGAGUUGCUAUCAUUGUUCGAGUGCGUCGACUCAUCAGCAGCUGCGCAAGUGUAG